AUUGAAACUCGUCGGUUGUACAUGUAGGACUGUUUCUUUGCGGAACCUUUAGUCUGUGUCUAAAAGGGGAACUAAUUCUAUGUUGCACCCGUGUUAUGUAUGUUGUCCGUGAAACAUGUUAAAUGUGUUUGUGUCCAGCGGUGAAUGACGGUGGUUUUCUUUAUUAAAGGUGAGUUUCUUCCUGCCGUCCCAGCCUCAGGUGUGGACGUCCCACCAUGCUGCUGCUGCGUCCGUCCCUCUGCUGCCCUCAGGCCUCCGUGUUGUUGACGCGAUGCGUCCGGACGCUUCGGUGCGACGCCUCCAGGACGCUGCUGCAGUCUCAGGCUGAGAACUUCCUGCGGCGCCGGCUGCCCCCGCGCCUCCACGCACAGAGCCGAGGCACCAAGAGCCGAGGCCGGAAGUUUAAGAGCCAGGAGGAGGAGUGGAGGACGAGGAACAGGACGGUGCUGACGUACAUCGCUGCUGCUGGAGUAGGGAUGAUCGGCCUGUCGUACGCCGCCGUGCCUCUCUACCGGCUCUACUGCCAGGCGUCGGGGCUCGGCGGCACGGCGGUGGCCGGACACGACACGGAUCAGGUGGAGACGAUGAAGCCGGUGAAGGAACGCGUCCUCAAGAUCACCUUCAACGCAGACACACACGCCAGCAUGCAGUGGAACUUCAGACCGCAGCAGACAGAGAUCUUUGUGGUUCCAGGUGAGACGGCGCUGGCUUUCUACAGAGCAAAGAACCCCACAAACAAACCUAUCAUCGGCAUCUCCACCUACAACGUGGUGCCCUUCGAGGCGGGACAGUACUUCAACAAGAUCCAGUGUUUCUGCUUCGAGGAGCAGCGUCUGAACCCUCACGAGGAGGUCGACAUGCCCGUCUUCUUCUACAUCGACCCCGAGUUCGACGAGGACCCGCGGAUGGCCCGAGUGGACACCAUCACUCUGUCCUACACCUUCUUCGAGGCCAAGGAGGAUCAGAAACUCCCUCUGCCAGGGUACAGCUACAACUGAGACAGGAUCCUGGUUCUGGUUCUAACAUCUGUCAGAGGAGAAAGGAAGAGAAAAAUCCAAAAAUCUUUUUUUUUUUAAGCUGAAGUUUGGGCUUUUCAUCUGGAAAGCAUUGGCUCCUACAAAGAGACUCUUACACUGAAAAUCUUUUUUUCUUUUUUGUCAAAUUCCAUUUCCUUUAAUAUUAAAUAAAUAAAUAUGCCUAUGAAAUAAAUCCUAAAAUAAAUAAGGCAACAAAUAGAAAUAAAUAAAUGACUCAGUCUGAGGACUUUUAUAAAUAAAAGUAGACCUUUUUUAAAAUAAAACAUAUUUAUUCUAUAAAUAUUUUGACUCCUUCAUAUAUUUUUCUAAAUUUAUAAAUUUAUUUCAUAGGCAUAUUGAUUUAUUUAGUUCCGUAUUAUUUACUUGAAUAAUGAAUUAAAUGACUUUCCAUAAUUUAGUUAAAAAAUAAAAAAGGGCCACCACAUUCAUGUUUGGUGUCUCAGAUUUUUGGGGUCGCUGUUCGGAAAAUAAAAUAUAAAGAUUUGAGAAUAAAGUCGAAAAAGUUAAAGAAAAAGCAAUAAUAGAGAAAAGUGAAAGACUGUUAUCAUUAUUAUUAGAUACUUUAUUGUCCCAAAGGGUAAAUUUUCAUUUCUUGCUAAAACAAUAUGUAGCAAACAAGACCAAAGACACAGUAAUAAAAAUUGAAUUAAAAUAUGUAAAAUAUUGCACAUACCCUGUGAGAUAAAAGAUACAAAUAUCUAUAAUUGAGUAUAAUAGUAUUACCUAUAAUUGAACUCAGAAAAAAACAUUUAACACAAUGCAUUAAACAAAAUUUACAAUGCAGUGUGUAUAUUAUUAUUGUUUAGUAUUAUAAUUAAAUUCUCAAACAAUAUCAGAUUAAUUUAUUUUCCUGACAACGGCCCUCAUAUUUUGUAAGUAAACCAGGUUCCUGGAAAUCCUGGAAUCCUUUAAGGCAGUUUUUCAGUCACUUUACAUUUUUGAAAUGAGUUUUAAUCAUCACAAUCUGCAUCUUGCUGUCACUCCAUCUGCUGAUAUUUGAGCUAAACAAGGUUUGAGGUUGAAUCUUUACGAGGAAAGAGAACGAUGGACGAGUUUUUCUACCUUUCACUUGAACAGACGAACAAAACCUGUCACAACUUCAGAGACUGAACAUUUUCUUGUGUCACUGAAAGACGUCGAGAACUUUAAACUGCUUGUGUUCAUUCUGAUGCCUCAGAGACUGUAUUUGUAUAUAAAUCAUUUAAUUAUUACAGCAGAUAAUUGUGAGAAAGACUGAAGAUGAAUCAAUAAAUUAUGACUUAAAAGCAA